GUAGAUUUCUCUUCAAUAUAUAAUCCAACAAAUUAUGAACAAUGCAUUAAAGCUGUAAAUAAACUUGCACAAUUCGAUGAAAAGACUUGGACAUAUAAAAUACCAUCUAUUGCAACAUCUUUAGGAACACUUAUAAAACAAAUUGGGAAACUUUUAAGAAGUAUAUGCAUUAAGAAACAAGAUUGUAGCAAACAAACUGUGGUAGAAAAUUUUUUGAAAUUAUUUGAAGAGGAUUAUCCUGUUGCUGUAAAUAAAAUUGUGUUUGAAACUCAAGGGCAUCGAAAAAGGCAAAAGAAUAUUGUCUUGCCAUCUAUAGAUGAUAUAAAAAUAUUCAAUGCUUAUCUCAAAGCUGAACGCAUAAAAGCUCUAGAAUCUUUACAAACAAAUGGUUUCUCAAUUCACGCAUGGCGUAUGUUAACUGAAAUAACAUUAAUAUCGAUUAUGAUAUUUAAUAGAAGACGUGCUGGUGAACUGGAGCGUGUUUUAAUUGAAAAUUUGGAAAAUUGUGCGGCAAUUUCAAAAGAAGAAGCACCUGAAUUAUAUAAAUCUUUAUCUAAAUAUGUACGGAUGACAAUACGCGACAAAUUAGGGAGAACGGUUCCUGUGUUACUCCAUGAAGAAAUAUUAAAAUGUAUGCAAAUGAUUAUUAAUUAUCGUAAAGAUGCUGGCGUACCCGAAAAUAAUCCUUAUAUUUUUGGUAUAUAUUCACUCGACAAAAGAAGAUUCAAAUAUUUGAGAGCAUGUGUAUUAAUGCGAAAAUAUUCUGUAAUUUCUGGGGCAAAAAUGCCAACUUUGUUACGAGAUACAAUAUUGCGGAAACAUAUUGCUACAGUAUGUAUGUCAUUAGAUAUAUCUGAACAUGAAGUGAAUGAUCUAGCUGAUUUCAUGGGCCAUCACGAAAAAAUACAUAAAUCGCACUACAGACAGUCAAUCGUAACAAAAGAUUUGGCUAUAUCACGUUUACUCAAAUACGCACAAGGAGGAGACACAACAGAUGAAAGUGAUAAUGUUGAUGAUGAAAAUGAAAACAGGGAUGAUUCGAUUAAUAAUGAUAACUCAAAUUUAAGUUUAAAUACUUCUGAUACUUUAUCAUUAAUACAAACGAGACCAUCUAAACUGCCACGUUUACUCAAAUACGCACAAGGAGGAGACACAACAGAUGAAAGUGAUAAUGUUGAUGAUGAAAAUGAAAACGGGGAUGAUUCGAUUAAUAAUGAUAACUCAGAUUUAAGUUUAAAUACGUCUGAUACUUUAUCAUUAAUACAAACGAGAUCAUCUAAACUGCCUAGCAAAGAAAAAAUUAUGAAUAAUCAUCUACAUAAUAAUAUCGAGAAAACAAAAGAAAACCGUUUGGCUUCUAAGAGGAAAGUUAAUUAUAAUAUUGAAAAUGUGACCGAAUCAGAUGAUGAAUGUAAUACAGAAUCAGAUUUAAAUAUUUUAUCAAAAAGAGCAAAGCAAUCUGAACAGGUGACUAGAGGAAAGAAUAACGUAAAUAAUAAUACACAGAGGCAGAAAAAAAGAAUGACAUCUGUUGUUGGUUCUACAAGAAAUAGUACUCAUAAGAUCAGAUGGACGGAUGAUGAACGCACAAUAGUUUUAUCUUCAUUCCAACCUGCCAUAAAAAAUAAAAAAUUGCCAUCUCUUCGUGAAAUUAACGAAAUAAAAAUUAAAUAUCCUGUAUUAAAAGCCCGUACAAGUGCUCAGAUAAAAAGUUGGUUACAUAACCAAAUAAGAAAAAAUACUUAAAACUAUUAUCAUUACAAUGUGUCGUUAAAAUUGCUCUUGUCGUAUAUUCUAUUCUGCUAUUGUUGUUUUCAUAAAAAAAGAUGUCCUAUUACGGUUUGUACAUGUUUUAAAAUUAUAUAACUCUUCUGAUUCUCCUCUAACCAAAGGAAAACAAGUUUUUAUUUUAAAAAAUUAAUGGUUCAAAAUUGUGCAACGUUAUCUCUACGAAUACGAGUACUGCUUUCAAUAUCAAAAUAUCAGAUAUUACAAUGAAAGAAUUAUAUUUUAACAUUGCACCAAUGUGAUACAUCUUUAUUAAGAUUCCGUACAA